GACAUCGCGAAGAGGUCCGGGCUUUUCCCCACAUCUGUCAUCCUCGGCGCAUCGACAAGCCACAGUCUGAUCGGACACUAUAUUGGCUCGUCGACACAACAUGUUGAUUGGAAAAACAAUGAAUAGGGCAUCACUCAACCGUCUUGUUGCACGGAUGAUAUCGGUUGCUUGCCAAGGAAAUGGCGGGGUCCUUUUCUUGCCCGCCAACUUGAAAGGUGGGGUUCCACGAGCGCUGCCAGUUUCUUGAAAACACUCGUCGAGACGCGGGGACAAAGCGAACAUUAUAUCCCGCUGCUAGAAGUGUUCUCGGUUUUCCUGAAGAAGGUCUGCACUGCAGUUUAGCGGCAUUUGCAUUGAGAACCUCUCCUGUUCCAAGCGCAAACCAUGGCCGAGGAAGCCGGUGCCUCUCCCCGGCAGGGACGGCCCUUAAUGACCGCCGCCAUGCGUAGUAGCUCGUUCCUGAGGGAUCAUCAACAGUACCGCCCACCGCACAAGCCCGAAAACCACUAUGGGAUUGACACUGUCGUCGAGGAUCUUCAGGCGACCAGCGUCUCGCCGCGCGAGAUCACCCACUUCAGAGGGGUUCCCUCGCCCGAGCACCCUCCCAAGAUUGUCGAGAGCGGCUUGAGCCACGAGCUGUCGCAUCCGGACUGCACACCACGGCCCGGCACCCACACCGAAAAGCUCGUCGCAACCUUGUUUUAUCGCUCCACGGCUCCUCGGGCUUCGAAUGCGAUUCCCUCCCCGAAGUCCCCUUCCCCACAGAGAAGCCGGUCCCCCUCGCUCCGCGCCCCCUCCGAUUCCGACAUCCCCCCGACCAUGGCCCCGAGCAGCAGCCUUGAAACCUACCCCCUCGAGCCGCCCGCUGCCGAGCCCGAACCGCUCAAUCACCUGUAUGGCUCAUACGUCACGCCCAUGUGCAUCACCUCCUUCCUGCACCUCAUGACCACCUUUCCGCUCCCUGCCGGCUCGAACGACCUCACCUCGGCGCACCGCUGCCUCAAACUGGACGCCAGCCAAGACCACCACCCCGUGGUCGUCGAGCUGACGGUUUCCCCCGCGCCCUCGUUAGACUACCUCUCCUUGGCCGACCUCCGCAAACACGAGCUCAUCUACAGGUUCGAGCGCGAGUGGAACGUCGACGUGGCGCUGCGUGCCGACACCCUCUGGCGGCGGUACCCGCGCCUGGUGGUGUUCGACAUGGACAGCACCCUCAUCACGCAGGAGGUCAUCGACCUCCUGGCCGCCACCAUCAAGGACCCGCCGGACCUGGCCGCGCGCGUCGCCGACAUCACCCAUCGCGCCAUGCUCGGCGAGCUCGAGUUCGAUUCGGCCUUCCGCGAGCGCGUCAAGCUGCUCACUGGUCUGCCAGGUACCUUGUUCCAAGAGCUGCGCCCCGUACUGGAUGUGACAAACGGCGUGCGACCGCUCCUGCGGGCGCUGAAGAGGUUGGGUGUCAAAACCGCCGUGCUAUCGGGCGGCUUCCUGCCCCUGACGAGUUGGCUCGCCGGAGAGCUGGGGAUUGACUAUGCCCAUGCGAACGAAGUGGUCAUUGACGAGGCGACGGGUCUGUUGACCGGCGAGGUGACGGGCCGUAUCGUCGGGAAGGAGCGCAAGCGGGAGCUUCUGAUCGAGAUUGCCGAGAAGGAGGGCAUCCCGCUUGAACAGGUGGUUGCCGUGGGCGACGGUGCCAAUGACCUGCUUAUGAUGGAGGCUGCGGGCCUGGGUGUUGCCUGGAACGCGAAGCCGAGAGUGCAAAUGGAGGCCAGCGCGCGGAUCAAUGGCGGUAACAUGCUAGAUUUGCUCCAUCUCUUUGGGUUUAACGAGCAAGAAGUGCAGCAGCUCAGUGCCUGAGCAUCAGGGCGCUCCUUGGGGGGGGGGGGGUUAGCUUUCUCUGUUUAUGUUUCUGGAGUCGGUAAGUCUAUUAGUGAGGGGGGCCAGAGUGUGUAUGGAGAAAAUACUAGUUAUGGUAAAUACAGCCUGAAGUAUAUUGCAAUGAUAUAUGUGAAGCUAACCGUUUGUUACUCGAAGAGGUGCGUGCAGAAGUACUCGAUGUCAAUGUUCCUCUAGAAGGAGAGAUAUAUAGGAUGACUUGAUGUACCUCAACGGCCAAGCGUUUCAAGACAGUGGCCGGCCCCUCUUCUAGUAUAG